AUGGAGAUGACAGUGACGAAUAUACAGCAGCCCCCCUUGAGGUAUGUCUGUCUGGGAUCUAACCACCAGGACAAUCUAUUCGAAUGGCACUUCACGCUACGAGGACCCCAAAAUACGCCAUUCGAAUAUGGACUAUACCAUGGAAAAAUCCUACUUCCAAGUGAAUACCCAUUCAAGCCCCCUCAUGUCGUAUUCCUAACACCAAAUGGGCGGUGGCAGACUAAUAUGAAGGUUUGCAUUACAUUUACUGGUUUUCACGAGGAAUCCUGGCAGCCCGCAUGGGGCAUACGUACGGCUCUUCUUGGCGUCCAGGCUCUUAUGUCGUCCAAAGCAGAUGAGUCUGGGUAUGGAGCUGUAAGCACCACCGAUGAAGAGCGUGAAAAAUUGGCUAUGCAGUAA